AUGCCGCCGCAGGAGUCUCCCGACCCUGCAUCUUCGGACUCGUCCAUCACCGUAACGGAACCGGACCGCGACAUGGAAUCCCAGAAAGCCCGCAAGGAGCUAAGCUACUUCCAACGCCAGUUCAACCAGCCCGGUGUCACUGCCGCAGUACUGGCAUGGAAGUAUCGAGGCAGUGGAACACACGACGACCCGUUCAUAGUCGAGUUUAUCCCCGAUGAUCCUAAGAAUCCCAUGAUCUUCUCCAAGGUCAAGAAAUGGGGUAUCACCGCCUUGCAAGCGACUUCCAUUCUCGCCGUCACGUUUGUCUCGACGGCCUAUUCGGGGGGCAUUGCUGAGGUUAUCAACGCCUUCAACAUCAGCCAAGAAGUCGCGACGCUUGGUAUCUCUCUUUUCGUCGCUGGGUUCGCUUUGGGACCGCUGAUGUGGGCUCCGCUGUCUGAAUUGUACGGCAGACAGAUAUUGUUCUUCAUCACGUACCUCACAUUAACAAUCUUCAAUGCCGGCGCGGCGGGGUCACAAAAUAUACAAACGCUCAUCGUGCUCCGCUUCAUUGCUGGGACGUUCGGAAGUUCGCCUUUGACCAAUGCGGGCGGAGUCAUCGCCGACAUGUUCCCGGCUAAGGAGAGAGGUUUAGCCACCGCCUUUUUCUCUACUGCUCCUUUCCUAGGUCCCUCGAUUGGGCCGAUCGUGGGUGGCUUCCUCGGUUCCGCAGCCGGGUGGAAGUGGCUCCAAGGUCUUUCGGCCGCCUUCACAGGCCUCAUCUGGAUAUCCAUCACGCUCCUCGUUCCCGAGACGUACGCGCCGAUCCUCCUCCGCAGACGCGCGGAGAAGCUGUCCCAGAUCACCGGCAAGGAGUACGUGUCCAAGCUCGACGCCGGAAAGCCGAAGAAGACGGUGCGCCAGGAGUUCAAGGUUGCGCUUUCCCGGCCGUGGAUACUGCUGUUCCGCGAGCCGAUCGUCGCGCUCACGUCGCUCUACAUGGCGAUUAUUUACGGAACGCUGUACAUGAUGUUCGCCGCCUUCCCGAUCGUCUUCCAGCAGUACCGGGGCUGGUCGCCGGGGAUCGGCGGCCUGGCCUUCCUCGGCGUCGCCGUCGGCAUGCUGAGCGCCGUCGCCUACAGCGGCUACGAUAACGGGCGGUACGGGAGGAUCGCCGACGCGCACCACGGCUUCGCGCCCCCCGAGGCCCGGCUGCCCCCCGCCCUGAUCGGCUCCGUGCUGCUGCCCGUGGGCCUGUUCUGGUUCGCGUGGACCAACGGGCCCGAGGUGCACUGGAUCGUGUGCAUUGUUGCGUCGGCGUUCUUCGCCGCGGGGCUGGUGCUGGUGUUCCUGACGCUGCUGAAUUAUCUGAUCGACUCGUCCAAUCCCACAAAAACAGACGUCAUAUACGCCGCCUCCGUCCUCGCGGCAAACUCGGUCCUGCGCUCCCUCUUCGGCGCCGCAUUCCCCCUCUUCACCUCCGCCAUGUACGACGGCCUCGGCAUCCACUGGGCGUCUUCCGUCCCCGCCUUUCUCGCUGUCGCGUGUCUGCCCUUCCCGUUCUUGUUCUACAAGUACGGCGAGGCGAUCAGGCUGAGGUGUAGGUUUGCGGCGGAGGCGGCGAGGGUGUUGGAGCAGAUGAGGGCGAAGUCUGGGGAGGGUGAGGGUGAGGGUGAGGGGGGGAAUGGGGCGGGGGAGGGGGAGAAGGAGAAGGUUGAGGAAAAGGAAAAGGAGGAACAGAAAAAGGGGGGAGAGGCGACGGGACAAGGCGGGGACCGAGGGAGGACGGAAGAAAGAAGGGAGUAG